AUGGGAGACACGUACGCAAUGAAGGGCGGCAGCAAGCUCGCCUCAGAGAUCUACCACUCCAAAGUCUCUUCGGAUGAUCCCAAUCAUGUUGGAGAGAAAUCAGUCAAUCGAGAUGAACAGGAGAUGGCGAGGCUUGGGAAACGUCAAGAACUCCGGCGCAACUUUGGCUUCAUGAGCAUGCUGGGGUUUUCUUGCACCUUGAUGAUCACCUGGGAAGGUCUUCUGACAGUCUUCGUGUACGGAUUGACCGACGGUGGACCAGCAGGCCUCAUCUAUGGAUACCUGUUUUGCUGGCUGGGCUAUUUCACAGUCGUUGCUUCACUUGCUGAAAUGGUAUCAAUGGCUCCGACCGCAGGCGGUCAGUACCACUGGACAUUUCUGUUCGCCCCGAAAUCAUGCCGAAACUUCCUCUCUUUCAUCACAGGAUGGCAAUCCGUUCUGGCGUGGCAAGCCUGCUUGGCAUCAGCAGCUUACCUAGGGGGCACCAUCAUUCAGGGUCUGCUGGUGCUCAACUAUCCAACUUAUGACUUCCAGCGAUGGCACGGUACUCUUCUUCUGUACUCCGUCAUUUUGUUGGCGAUGCUCUUCAACACCUACCUGGCGCAUCAGCUUCCAAAGGUGGAAGGUGCCGUGCUGAUUGUGCAUAUCGUGGGCUUCUUUGGGGUGCUGAUCACUCUGGUCUACCUUGCCCCUCAUGGUAAUGCCCAUGAUGUAUUUGUCCUGUAUCUCAGCAACGGGGGAUACGACAAGGGAACGUCUUUCUUUGUUGGCCUCAUCACGACAGUGUUUGCUUUCAUCGGGGCGGAUGGAGCGAUCCAUAUGAGCGAGGAGAUCCGAAAUGCUUCCACUGUUGUGCCUCAUUCGCUGGUGGCUUCGAUCGCCUUGAACGGCACAAUGGGGUUUUGUAUGCUGAUCGCGAUCCUGUUCUGCAUCGGUGACAUUGACGAUGCCCUUUCGACUCCUACAGGCUUCCCAUUCAUCGAGAUCUUUUACCAGGCUGUCAGAUCGAAUGGUGGAGCCACCGCCAUGAGUGCGAUUGUCCUUUCGUUGAUGAUCUUCGCCACGAUCGCAGUGCUGGCCGCAGCGUCGCGAAUGAUGUGGGCUUUCGCUCGGGACAACGGGCUCCCUGGUUCACGAUUUAUUUCUCGGGUAGAGCCUCGAACCAAGUUGCCUCUGUACUCGGUGGGAGUGUCAGUGGUCAUCACCUUGCUGCUAGGGCUGAUCAAUAUCGGCUCUUCGGCCGCUUUCAAUGCAGUCGCAUCGUUGGUCGUGUCUGGAUAUCUCGGGAGCUAUACGUUGCCCAUGGUCCUGUUGCUGCAGAAGAAGAUUUUGGAUCCGUCGUCCAUCCACUAUGGGCCUUGGACAUUGGGCCGAGGGCUGGGGAUUUUCUGCAACGUCUUUGGACUUGUUUGGAUUGUCAUCGUCAUGAUAUUCAGCUUCUUUCCUUCUGUACGCACCGGUCUGACUCUUCAAAGCAUGAACUGGUCGUGCCUGCUCUGGGGAGGAACCAUGCUCAUUGGAGUGGGAAGCUAUUUUGGAUACCUACGAGGAAGGUACAAUGGCCCAAUUGUCGAGACGGAUAUCAUUGAGCAAGUACACGGCGUCUGA